CGCGCACACUCAUCCAGCAUCUGUGAUCAUGACUUCGGGUCUGCCUCCCUCUAAAGCCCUCUACAUCGGGAUGGAGGUGGUGAUCGCCGUGUCUUCGGUCAUCGGGAACGUGAUGGUGGUCUGGGCUGUGCGUAUUAACCGGUCUCUGAGAGACACCACGUUUUACUUCAUCGUCUCCCUGGCCUUGGCUGACAUUGCAGUCGGGGCUCUUGUCAUCCCGCUCGCUAUAACAAUCAGCAUCGGACUCCAGACGCACUUCUACAGUUGCCUGCUGGUCGCCUGCACAGUGCUCGUCCUCACACAAAGUUCAAUCCUGGCGUUGCUGGCCAUCGCCAUCGACCGCUAUCUGAGAGUCAAAAUACCCAUGAGCUACAAGCGAGUCGUGACCCCUCGGCGAGCCGGCACGGCCGUGUUGUUGUGUUGGCUGGUGUCCAUCAUAGUGGGCCUUGCGCCUAUGUUCGGCUGGAAUAACCUGCAGCGUCUCCGUGACAACGUCUCCCUGAUCACUGAUGACCUCUUGGUGACCUGCGAGUUUGAGACAGUCAUCAGCAUGGACUACAUGGUCUAUUUCAAUUUCUUUGGCUGGGUGCUGCCCCCUCUCCUACUCAUGCUGGCCAUCUACACUGAGAUUUUCUACAUGAUCCACAAGCAGCUCAACAAGAAGGUGACAGCGAGCCACACAGACCCAAGGCGUUACUUUGGCAAGGAGCUCAAGCUAGCCAAGUCGCUCGCCCUUGUUCUUCUCCUUUUUGCAGUCAGCUGGCUCCCUCUUCACAUCCUCAACUGCAUCACCCUCUUCUGCCCUGCCUGUGACAAGCCAGUGUUCCUCAUUUACAUCGCCAUCAUCCUCACCCAUGGCAACUCGGCUGUCAACCCCAUAGUAUACGCUUUCCGCAUCAAGAAAUUCCGCACAGCAUUCUGGAAAAUCUGGAAACAGUAUGUGCUUUGCCAGGAUCCAGUCGGUCGGCUUCCUCAAAGAGGGAGCCAGAGGGGACAGAGCCAUGAGAGGAGGCUGAGGCAGAAUGAUGAUGACGAUGAUGAUGUGUGA